GCUCGGCUUCGGCAAUCUCGGCAGCUAAAACGCGUUUCUGCCUGCCUGCUGAGCCCCAGAAUCGGCGAACGAACGAUCGUCUUAUGUAUCGUCUAUUCUACUCCCAGUGAUCAAAACUCGCUACUAAUUAAAUCCGCGCAAGGACCUGAUACAACUUGUUUAUUGCCUCGCAGCGAGACUUUUCGAAAAAGUGGAUAAAAUAUGUGAGGGAAACGAGGAAACACGACCGUCGUCGGAGGUCACGGCGUGACACGUUUCGUGGUGCAGGGAGGGCGCGUGUUUUUCUUCGGACGGCGCCAGGCGUCUCGUCCUUGCGGGAGGUUCCUGCGUGUGACAAGAUAAGAUAAAUUAUUAAAUUAAAUAUGUGCUUCACAUGAUGGACCACAGGAUUGCAUUUACCUGCUUUCAAAUACGCCUUGUGACCGGCAGACUCAUGGAUACCUUGUGGAUAUUCUUUUUCUUUGCGAUCGCCGGCGUAGCAGCUUCGGUGGAUGUGCACUUUGAGAACAAGGAUGGUGGUUUUUUUCUGAAACACACCCCAAGGCAGUACUAUCCGGCGGCGUCGAGACCGGAAACGAUGACGCCAAUAUCAACAGUGUCGGCGUCGCCACCAGGUGCAGUCCUCUCCAUUGACAAGUUCAGCGUCUUUCAGACGAGCGAACCGGUCUCUGUCAGAGCGACCUACGGCCCUUUCAGCACAAAACAAACCGUUCCGGCUAGGUACAUCGUUCCAGAUCCGCUGGAUAGCCUUCCGAUACCCGAUCUUCGGAAAGGUCCCAGCAACUCGACCUCCUCGUCGAUGACGAUGACCGGCACUUUGCUGGAUGCCCAGGAACUAGGAGCCAGGCAUCUGGACAUGUCGGCUCACCUGGUGAGCACCAGUGUCGCCCGGGACUCUCCUGUGCUCAGGGUAUUAUUCCACGCGGGAAGCGAGGCAACGGGUAGAAGACAAUUGCUUCUGGGUCGUCAUCAAAGAGUCUGCGUCGUGCUGCACGCUUCUUCAAACGGAGGCACUGGAAGCAGCAGGUUGAAUUCCCCAUCCGGAUCUGGAUCAAUGGACUCAACAGGAUCCGGGAUUGGAAACAGUCCCUUGACAGCAGCCUGCAGUCCCGACGGCGAAGAUGGAGUCUGUCUGGCCCAGAUCACUAUACCAGCUAAUUGGUGGCCACCCCUACCACCCCCCGACGCCUCUGGGAGGAUCAAGGUCCCGAAGACUCUGCCGAGAACCGUGCAACUUUCCUAUUCCGUCCUUGAACCCAGGAGUCCUGAGGAUGCUCCACUUCCGCACGUCCUUGACUCCGGAUCCUCGUCUUUCUGCCAGCCCAGGGUGCAAAUCCAACCAGUCACGCAUCUCGGAAGUGUAACUCUGGCCCCUAAUCGAGAGGAUUACAAGGAGCUCAAGACUGACGAAUAUCUCACUCUUCUCGUUCCCCAUGGACCUCUUUAUCCCAGGUCGAGGCUCCACGUGCCAGCUUUUCUUCACUCGCACUCGUCUCGCCAGGGUGCUCAGGGGAGACCACCAGUUGCUGCUGUUGUUCUCAGAGCUCGGGUCAAGUCUGACGUGAAGAUCCUGGAUGCAACUUCCAGCAAUCCGGAUUGGAUAGUGGAAUCCAAAAUCAAUAUGAAGAACACAGCAGCCACCUUCACGGCCAGAAGGAAGGAGAACGUGUCACGCUUGCCAAACGCGUCGGCGGAGGAGAUUAUGACGAUGCUACUGGAGGCGAGUGACGAGGGUGCAGGAGGUGGUAACUGGGAUGGGGGUAGAAUCGUGUGGAGCGUACGAUAUGCCUUCGAAGGCGAGGAGGAUAACGUUUCCAUACCUGGCAUGUAUCAGUUAAGCCAACAUCAGCAGCAGCAGCAUCAUCAUCACCAUCAUGUGGAAAGGGGAAAGGUGCAAGCGCGCCUUGAGAUACAGAAGGAUGAUAUUCAGGCGGUUCUACCCAUUUCAAAGAACUGGGAAGUAAUGAAUACAGCGGUGCUUACCGGAAGACAAGUUUCUCAAGCAAUGAAGGUUUUCAUCGUAAGCCAAGCAGGAAAAGUAGCUGAUGUAACUCUGCAAUCUUCCUGCCACUCUGAAGAUGAAAGUGUCCUUAAGGUAUCCUCUUCUUGUAGCAGCGUCUACGUUGAUGGAUCCGAGAUCCGAGGCUCGAGUAAUGCAUCCGUUCUCGUGAAAUAUGGCACUUACACUGGUCUCGCCCGAUUCACAGUUUGGAUGCCGGAAUUUCCUCUGGAAGUCAGUGUGAGUGACGCCCGACUCAAUCAAAUCAAGAGUUGGAAAGUACCCGAAGAUCAUUCGAUCUCGAAAAACAAACGAAGUCUCAACGCAACCGCAUCCGAAGAAGUUGAAAAUGCAAAAACAGCCGUGAAGAAAAGGAGUUCAGACGCUGCAACUGAAUCUACGGAUUUGGAGACGGACGACGAGACAGUGGAGGAGGAGAAUGAGGAGGAGGAAGAGGAGGAGGAAGAUUUGGAUGAAGAUGAGGAGGAGGAGGAUGAUGGUUCCUUGAGAUUUCGUGGACACAAAUGGGAUGAAAUCAAUUCCAUCGACAGAAAUUCUCCUGCAAAUUGCAGACUUCGCUUCCAACAGAGUCCUGUCGAAAUUCAUGCGAGGUUUCUUGCAGCGGAUCACGAUUCCGGAAGGGUUUCUUACUUCGUCAAUCGCCGAACGUGGUUGCGAAUCACAGACCUGGUGUUCUCAAUGCUCCGAGUUUCUGAUCCUCGAAUCGCUGUUUUAAUACAGGGCAGAAUAGUUCAGGGUCGAAGUAUUGGUAGAACGGAAGUGCAAGUUCUCUCGCCGAUCACCGGAAGAGUGAUUGGAGCGAAAGAAGUUCGCGUUGGAAAUGACCGAGUGGCAGUUUCUCGACUAUCUGUAAAAGUCGUCUCUGGUCUUCAACUCACAAUCAGUCCCGACACUGCGAUCGAAAAUGGAUACAUUGCCGAAACAUCUGUGACAAGGAAACUUACUGCUCAGUAUCAGGAAGGUUUGCUAGACAUCGACAUCGAGUUUUCCGAUGGAUCCCGAACACCCCUGCGUGAAAUCGCAGUCUCGGAUUAUCACCUGCUCGUUGAAAGUCUCGACCCGGAAGUUGUGGCUUUUGCGCCAAUGGUGGCCUCCCAUCAUCCUCGGGUCAUUGCCGUUGGAGAAGGUCGUGGAGAUCUUUUGAAAGUGACUCUGCACCUGGCGGAUGUUUGCAGACUUUCCGGAAGAAAAUCGAAAGGAACAGCUACUAGAGGAACGCCUUCUCUUCCCUUGGCCACUUCAUCCGCGAAUGUCGAGGUGGAUUUUGCUUCGAGGGAUCUCCCGAACAGACCCGAGUUUGUUCAGAAUGAUGGAGGGACCCUCGGUGGAGGAUCUCAUCAUCGUGAGAGAAAAAAUGGGAAAGAUGUUGCGCCAGAUCUAAACGAUAUCCUGAUCGGUUUCCCACUAAAAGACGAAAACGACCACGCACCAACGAUGCAGGCAAGACAGCACCGCAUGGCUAUAGCUAAUGGAAUGUCUUCAGGGGGAAUGGGAGGCGUGGGGAUUCGACACCAGGGUGGCCCUCGAAUGACACCCCUAGAAAUUGGGAUGUACGUCCUGCUGGCGGCCUUCUGCUUCGCGAUCGUCGUCUUCGUCGUUUCCUGUGUCGUCUACGCGAGCAAAUUCAAGCCCCAGCCCUUGGACCCUCAGCAUCCUGGACUUCCGGUUCUGGGAGCUGCCAGGGCGGCCGCGAAUCAGCUCGCGCAGAAUCGAAGACCUAGGGAAUCGACUACCAAUGCCCACGACUGGGUCUGGCUCGGUCGUGCAACUUUGGAAAGAGCUGGAAGUGGACCACAACAGGUUCGUGUAACCAGUAAUCCGCUUGCCGGAGAGAAUAAUCCGCUUACGGAUCCGGCUGAGCUGGGCACGAGUUUUGAUAAUCCUAAUCACAUAGAGCUACCCUCGAUUGUUCGAGCAACUCCCUCAGCUCCCAUUGACACGACGACUUACUGCAAGAGGGAUAAAACGUCGGCUAGUUUCGUCAAAAGGACCAGCGACUGCCAGUCGUCGAAACCUCUUAUAGUUCCGACGGCUCCAUUGGCCAAUGCGACAUCACGAAAUGACAACGACGAUGUUCCGCCACCUCUUCCGCCUCAUGGUGUCUUGUCAUCGUCAGCACCGACAGACGAUGCGAACGGAAACGAUGACUAUAAGCCACCAGUUCCGCCCCACAGAAACACCGGAGUUCUGGUCCGACUUCCGGACACCCCCAGAAAAAGACAUCACAGAACAGCGAGUGUGAGCCACAACGGUAAUUAUCGACAUCAUGAUAAACAUCAUGAAAAACACGAUAAGCAUAAUGAGAAACAUGAUAAGCAUGACAAACAUCACGAAAAACACCAGGUUAAGGUCCACCGUUCGAAAAACUCGACGGGGAAUUCAAAAGAUAAUGAGCUCGCCUUUGUCGAGCUUCGAAAUAAUGAUGAAAAGCGGGCGAAGAAUGCAAAGUCGAGGGAGAUAAAGAGGGCAACCGUCGUUGGCAACCCCAUGUUUUCGUCGUCCUCUUCUUCGUCCUCUUGUUCCUCCAAUCACGAGCAGGAGGAAUCCGUGCCGAUGGAUGAUCUCAAUCUGGGCAUGGAUUACAAUCAGAUCAUGCAGUACUUUGACAACCUGAAGGAAUCGAAUGCCUGAAAGAGGGCCUUUGAUCGCUCAGGUGAUCAUAGCUCGUAGACGCGUUGACUUUUCCGACUUUCCGCGACUCGUCCGAAGCCGCUGAAACCGGCUUUUCAUUUUCACGAGCAUCAGUCCUUUAAAAUCGAUCAACUCGAGUACGUCAUUAAAUUCCACUUAAAAAUUUAAAUUGAAAAAAUUCAAUCGACGCGUCCAAAAGACUAUAUUCAUUUAGAGUUUUAGAUUCUGGAGAAUUUAGGUUUCGUGUAAUAGAACCAAGAAUAUUAUAGAAUUAAAACAUUAUUUAAAAAAUAUAAUAGAGUUAGACAAAUUUAUGUUUUUUUUUUUGUAAUUAUUUAUCA